AUGAAGAAAAAAGCACAAAUAUCAAAUGCAACACCGAGUCAAAUAUUUGCUGAGUCUGUGAGUAAUGUACCACAUGCAGUAUUAUUAGAAUUGCCAAAAGAAGAACACGUAAAACGGACAAUUCGAAACCAUAGAGGUUACAACGAUCCUUCAAAACCAGCAAGUAGAAAGGAAUUAGUCAUUGAAGGCGAUUGGUGCUUAUACGGAGAAAAACGUUUUUUAUUAAAUGACAAUGGUCCAGAUGCGAAUGAACGAGUACUGAUAUUUGCCACAGACUCUGGAUUAUCAUUAUUAGCAAGUUCUAAUACUUGGUUCAUAGAUGGGAAUUUUGGACUUGCACCUGAAUACUUUAAUUAG